UUAUCCCUUUCUUUCCGGCUUCACAUGAGCGGCGGGAACCUCUCGCUUGCUCUCUCGUUUUCUAUGGCGAUGGUGAGCGCGCGGCUGUUGCGAACGCUGCCGUGCUGUGGGAUUGGAGUAGAAUGGAAGGAUAGAAGAAGGCUUAGAGGUUUUCGAUGCUCGGCGAUCUCUGUCGAGGCGCCAGUGGCGGGCAUCUCCGGCAUCCGAUGGGGCUCCAGCAAGCUCCAGGGGGCCCGAUCGGAAAUGGAGGACGAAGUAGUUCUCCGGUCCGAUGGCCUCUCGGGAUUUUCCUUCGCUGCCGUCCUCGAUGGCCAUGCUGGUUUCUCAUGCGUUGAGUUCCUGAGGGAGGAAUUAUACAAAGAAUGUGUCACAGCUAUGCAAGGUGGGUUGCUACUGACCAACAAUAACUUUGGUGUUGUAAGAGAAGCAAUUGAGAAAGUAUUUGCAAAUGUUGAUGCCAGGCUCUCGAUUUGGCUUGAACAGACAGGCAAGGAUAUUGAAUCUGGUGCAACAGCAACUGUCAUGUUUGUCAGGAACGAUGCACUAAUCAUUUCACAUGUUGGUGAUUCCUGUGUGGUUAUAUCUCGCAGAGGAAAAGCUGAAAUGCUGACAAAUCCACAUCGACCUUAUGGAAACAAUAGAGUUUCUCUCGAAGAAAUCAAGCGUGUUAGAGCAGCAGGUGGAUGGAUUGUUGAUGGUCGCAUCUGUGGGGAUCUUGCUAUUUCUCGGACUUUUGGGGACAUACGCUACAAGUCAAAGAAGAAUGAAAUGCUAAUGAAAGGAGUUAAGCAGGGACGAUGGAAUGAUAAAUUUGUCUCCAGAAUUCAGUUCAAAGCAGAUAUAGUAACUUCUUCACCAGACAUAUCUCAAAUAGAACUCAGCUCUGAUGUGGAGUUUGUUUUGCUGGCUUCCGAUGGUCUAUGGGACUAUAUGAAAAGCUCAGAAGCAGUAUCUUUUGUCAGAGAUCAGCUACGCCAGCAUGGUGACGUUCAGAUAGCUUGUGAAGCUCUAGCACGUGCUGCUUUGGACCGACAUUCACAAGACAACAUAAGCAUAAUUAUAGCCGACUUGGGGAGGACAGAUUGGCAGAACUUGCCGGUGCAGGGGCCAAACUACCCCUAUGAAAUAACCCAAGCCUUUGCGACAGUGGGCGUUGUUUUCCUAGGAAUAUGGUUAUCCUCUUUCCUUGGUAUAUAAAGAAAAGUUUAUUAGGUUGUACAUAGUUAUAGACAUAUUUCCAUGUAAAUUGGAACUCUUUUAGUCGUUGUUUUCGUUUCACAGAAAAAGUUUUUUUUAUCA